UUGGGGCUUAUGAAAAGUAAGUUGAAUGUCCAGAAGGAAAUUAAAGAGCAAUGGAUGUAAAAAGAAAAGAUAACAAAUAAAGUAACUGGAAGGAGUUAUGGGAGCCUGUUUUUUACUAUUGUUAGGGGAGACAGUGUGUUCCAAUGCGGCAUCGUGUUAUGGUGGUGUCAAAUUCAGCUGGUGAAAUUCAGUGUUCGUCUUCAAAAUCCUUGGUUCUGCUUCUGCCUUGUUUAACGCACCCCCAAGAAACAAAUCAAUCAAUUUUCUGUGUCGGCCAAUUCAACAAUCUCGAGGCUUACAACAAUGGGGUGCGGAAACUCGAGGCUUAUCCCGGAUGGAGAGUCGAUUCCUGCCCGGAUUCGCCCACUUAUGCGCCUUAGAUUUUCGGAUUUGAGGAGGCGUAAGAACGGAAGCAAUCUGGAGACUGGAACGCUCUCGAAGAAAGUGCUUCUCAAAGAUCACGAAGACAACUCUACCUCUAUGCAUGUUAUUGAUAAAAAAAGCGUAUCUUUUUCAUCUUAUUCUUCACCUAGUGGCAGCACCAAACCUGCACCUGCACCUGCACACAUCAACAAACAGGACAACAAGGACGAUGAAGAUUAUUCACCAAUUCCCAUUCCCCUCUCUAGCAACAAUGCAAUCAAAGAGGACCUCCAUGAAGACCACAACAAGAAAUCAGGAGAAGAUCACAUCGAAGACACUGCUCGGUCCAUCAUCUGUCCUGGAUCCCCCAGUUUCAGAGUUUAUUUCGUUGAAGAAGAAGAUGAUGACAAAGCAAGCGUUGAAAUCAAAGACGAUGUCUCGCACAACAACUCCCCAACCCAUGACAGAAUCGACACCACCACCACCACCACCACUUGUGCAAAUUUUGGCCAGGCCCAAGACAGCAAGGUGAUCAUAACGAAAGGAAAAGAAGGAUCCAGGAGUUGUACAAAGGCCAUUAGUAGUAAGAAAAGACAAGGUGGUGUAAGGAAUCUGUUGAAUGUCAAAUCUUGCUACCAUUUACGUUGUUCUGGCAACGACAGAUCCACUCAGCUUCUUGCUAGAAAAGCUCAAGCUCAAGCUUAUUAAUCAUUCUCAAGGGGCUUGGGGAACAGAGGUCUGCUGCUCCUCGUUUAUUAGGACAUUACUGCCUUUUACUUCGCUAAACAUUCCCUCUGUCUCUCCCUCCAUCUCAUCAAACGUACCAUAGGUAGAAUCAUUAAUUACUUUAUCAAUGUAAUAUCAAUACAUUCAUUCAAGCCGCUGCUUACUCGGCAACCAUCUCUAAUACAUUGUUCUAAUGUCCAA